CAAACCUUUUCCAGUGAAAGUUUGUGAUCUCUAAUACUUUCCCAAACGUAAUAGCAAUCUUAUCAAAAUUGUCAUCCAUUCUGAACUAAUUAGGAGGCCAUAAAUUUUUAUCCAGGUGAUACGUUCUUGAGGCAUAUCAUUGCAAAACCCCAUUUUAAGCCACUUGAACCAUCGGUUCCAAUUAUGUUCGUUUUCAUAAAAUGCUUUUGAAGAUGCAGUGUUGAUAAAUUUAAUCAUGACAUUUAAACCACCAAUGUAGUAUACCAUACCUACGUGAUUUCCGUCUACUGGAAGAAUUGUGGGUAGUUCUGCAAUGUGUUGUAUGCUUAUGACUUCACCUACCAUGACCUCAUCGAUCCAUCUUUCUAAUAAUGUAUUCGGCUUAAUGAAUAUGGGCGGAGUCUUCACAGUAGAAGUUGUGUUAAGGCCACCACAAAGUACCUCUGCGAAAGUUCUCGAGUCUCUGGACGAUUCUCAGGCACCAAUUCUCACGUUUUCCAUAGGAGGUCCGUCUCCUGCUCUAGGGCUUUUGCAUCACGCACAUAAACAAAUAUCGAGUCUGAAUAGUCCCUCUUACCACCUAUGUAAAUAUCAUAUAUCAUUCGAACAGGGUUGAAUGAGAGUUUAAUCAUCUUUUUUGUAACACCAUUGGGGAGAUUCGAGACAUACACUACUGAAAACAGGUUAAUACAAUACACCAUAAUAUAAUACGGAUAUAAUAAAACCCGUACUAGAAAGGGAUGUAUGUUUCUAAUUAAAGGCACAUAUGGAAAAAGGUUAUACUAUUUACUCACGACUCAUGUCCCUCCAGCAAGUUUCGUCUUCGUCUACAUGUGUUCCGCAACUCAAUCCAACUUAUUUGUAACCAACCUUUAAUUCCGUUAAGAUUGGUUUACUUUUCUGCUGAAUUGCAGUUGCUUCCAAUUUCCAUCAAUGGCAUCUCAAGUCGACUCAUCUCUGCAAGCCAUCUAUUAUCACCGUGGCUCACUUCAGUUACUUGAUCAUGUCCCCUUUCUCCUUCAUAUUCACUUCAUUUCAUCUAAUUGUAGCUAUUGUUUUGAGCAGAGAAAACUUCCUCUUGAUACGAUCUAUUUUGAGAUUCGAGAUGCUGUUGAAGUGUAGUGUUUCCUCAGAACUUUUUCCUAAUUUAUUCUACUGUUUCACAGUCGUCCAACAGCUGUGAAUCUUUCAGAUGCUGCAACUAAACUUACAGAGAUUGUAACGAACUCUGCUGCAACUACUACAGAUUCUAACCAAGUGUUCCUUGCUUACAUUGAAGCUGCUGAAGUAAUGCUGGAAGAUGAUGUUGCUUCCAAUAAAGCAAUCGGGUCAUAUGGAUCUUCUUUCAUUCAAAUUCAACAAAAGGAAUAUUUUUUUUCUGCUUUGACACAUUGUAAUACUGGCAGUCUGGCAACAGCUGGAUUUGGAACUGCUCUUGGAGUAAUCCGUGCACUACAUACUUAUGGAGUACUAGAAAGAGCUUAUUGUAUAGAAACCUGUCCAUUUAACCAAGGAUCAAGAUUGACAGCUUAUAAAUUAGUUCAUGGCAAAAUACUCGUGACUCUUAUAGCAGAUUCUACAGCUGCUGCUUUAAUGAAAACUAGAUCUAUCCAUGAUGUCAUUGUUGGAGCUGAUCGUGUUACUGCUAAUGGUGACAAUGCGAAGAAGAUUGGAACAUAUAGCCUAGCGUUAUCUGCUAAACAUCAUGGUAUUCAAUUUUACGUUGCGGCCCCCUUGACUUCAGUUGACUUGUCAUUAUCUUCCGGAAAUGAAAUUGUUAUAGAAGAAAGGCCGCCAAAGGAGUUACUUAACACACGUGGUGGUAUGGGAGAACAAGUUACAGCUUCUGAGAUUUGUGUUUGGAAUCCAGCUUUUGAUGUUACACCAGCUAAUUUAAUAUCUGGUAUUAUAACUGAAAAGCCAAACCUCUAUUUUGGAAGAGGCAUACAUGAGGACAUCUUUUUACUUUUCAAUUACGUGUGAGAGAAAGAUGCUUUGGUUGAGUUUAAAACGAACUUGUUGUAACAGAAAUUGAAAAUAAUUCAAUCUCUUCUUCUUUUACAAUUACCAGGUGUUCAAGAGAAGUUAAAGAAACAGAUUAAAGAAGUGGAACUUGCACAAUCGAAAGAGGUGUCAUUACACUGGUAUGGCAUGGCAGAGAGUGUUCAAGUUAUUGGUGGAAUCUAUGUGGCCUUCAGCCACUUGGGUGAGUCCUUAGAUAAGGACACUUGGCAUGCUACAUUCAAGAUUUAAAUGGGUUACUUCAGCUUUCUAUGAACACCUUGUGCCAAUGCAAAAAGAGGAGCCUAAAAGAUAUCAUGGAGAUUAUCACACAAGAUGUUAUGAAUGAUGGUCACAAUUUUCUAUCUGUGCCCCUAGGUGGUGAGGCUUUGUUUGCUUUUGACUGUCAAGGAAUCUGCAAUUAAUGUGCCUAGAAAUUUGAAGUAUCGCCUUAUAUAUGAGAAUACCAAAUCCUCCAACUGUCGGUAACAUGGUCUCAUAUAGGAACUUCAGUGUUUUGGUGCCAUAUGUUCUCUAUUCAUAAGAAGGAAAAUGAAGAUGAAAUUUCAAUUAUAUUUUACCUCCAAAAGAUAGAAGAUAUAUCCAGGUGUUUGUUGAUAUUAGUUUUUAUUGUUGUCCCUUUAUUUAGAAUCAAAGAACGUGAAGUUUGUAAUUAGAUGCUGAAUAGGGCUGGAAUGCAAUUAAGAAUGGCCGCUAGGAAGGAGUCUGGGUUUGGUAUCUUAACAUCUAGUACGGUUGUAUGAGGAGAUCGCAUGGUGUGUUAGAUGGGUGUGUGUUUAAGAGGAUUCAUAUCAAGUACGGUUGUGUAUGGCUGUAUUAGAUUUGUAUAUAUGCCGUAUUAGAUGAUUGUAUGUGAUGGUUGUAAAAAAUAGAUAUGAUACAUAUAGUACGGCUAAAUAGUCGUACUCUAUUAGGCAUGUAAUCUAAUACACCCCUCUACUAAUACGCCCUCUAUGUACGUACUAUGUUCAUAAUUUCAACCAUACUCUAUUAACUUUUUUCUAGUAGUGAUAGUAUGUGGUAAUAUCAUCUUCCAUACCUCUUGUUUGCCUCCGUAAGUUUUGUUU